AUGGCAUACCUAUGUUUGAGAAGUUCCACCCUGUUGAAGCCCAGGCUCAUCUAUCAGUUACAGAAGCCAUGCAGGUUAUACUCAUCAGAAGAUUUACCUGCCCAUUACAAGAUUACUCUUCCUGCUCUGUCUCCAACCAUGGAAGUUGGCACUGUAGUUAGAUGGGAGAAACAGGUUGGAGAUCAGCUGAAUGACGGGGAUCUGUUGUGUGAGAUUGAGACAGACAAGGCAACCAUGGGCUUUGAGUCUUCGGAAGAGGGUUACCUGGCAAAGAUCUUUGUGGAAGAAGGUUCCAAGGAUGUACCUGUUGGAAGGUUGCUGUGUAUCAUUGCCGAGGAGGAAUCCGGAAUAGAAGCUUUCAAGGACUUUGAAGAUCCAGGAGUGAUUGAAACACCUCCGGGUCCGCCAGCUCCUAUCAAAGAAAGUCCACCAGCUCAAGCUGCUGCUCCUCCACCACCCCCUCCACGCCCAUCACCAAGCUCCGCCCCAGCACCGGCUGCUGCACCGGCAACACCACCAAGGCCUCCUCCGGUUCCCAUGGCUCCCCCUGCAGCUGGCACCACUCAGGGGAGGGUGUUUGCAAGCCCCUUGGCAAGAAAACUAGCAGCAGAACGAGGAAUCAAUCUAAAUAGUCUUCAAGGGACUGGUCCAGGGGGGCGUAUCGUGAAGGCAGACAUAGAAUCUUACGUACCAGGAGCUGCAGUACCCAUGUCAGCUGCAGUCCCAGGGGCUGGUUUCACGGAUAUACCAGUAGACGCUCUCAGAAUGGAGCAAGCCAACGCUGCAGUGUAUUCUAAACAGACAAUACCCCAUUACUAUCUCAUGGCUGACAUAGAUGUAGGCUCAGUACUCAGGUUACAAGGCAGUCUGAAUAGGAUGGUUAGUGAGGAGAGCCCUAUAACUCUCAAUGAAUUUGUCAUCAAGGCUGCUGCGUUGUCUUGUCAGAAGAUCCCUGAUGCCAACUCAGCUUGGUUUGGUGACAAGAUCAGGCAAUACCACAACGUGGAUGUAAAUAUUGCAGUGACUUCUGACUAUGGAACAAUAACUCCCAUCAUCAAUGCAGCAAAUACUAAGGGUUUAGAAGCAAUAAGACAGGAAGUCGACUAUGUGACGGCUCAAGCGCAAGAUGGCAAAAUGCAAACACAGGUUAGUGACGUAGUGUAUAUUACUUGGAGAUGUAAAAAUUAA